CGUGCAAUCAAAGCUAGAGUUUUCAUCGCUGGGCAAAUGGUUCUCAAAGCCUCUGACCAUGUGAGGAAAAAUAUUACUAGGCCAUCCAAGUUUGUUGCAAAUUGGGAUAGUCCCUUCAUAGUUGUGGAAGCACAUGACAGUAGGUGCUCCUUCUCUUGGUUAAGCGAUCCCAAGUAUGCCUUGGCUAACUUUAGUCUUUCUUCCAACUUAAAGACGAGUUCCUUUGUCUCAGCUAAGGACUUCUCCAUCUUUUCAACGUGCUUUGCCUGCUCCUUAAUCUGCUUGUCCAAGUUCCUAGAUGUGUCAUUUCCAACCAAGCCAAACUCGACUUUGCCAAGGUAUGCCUUCGCUAGAGUUAACAAGUGUGCUCAGAUGGCGCCAACUUUGAAGUUAUGCUCUCAGCUUCAUCAAUGGCAUCCCUACACAAAGAAAAGAAGUCUUCAUUCAUUUCAACAAAAGGGUUUACCUCCAUGUGUUGCAUGGCUGCACAAAGCAUCGGGAGCACUUAAACUUGCCCACCAAUCAGACAUGUUGGUAAGCAUCAAGCUAAAUCAAGCUGGCAACACAUCCAUAUCUUUGUUCAUCUCAUCCAAGUUCUUGAGUAGUCUCACAGCAAAGUCACUAGCCUCACUUGACUUAGCUGAAAUCGAGGAUGGCUGACCACUAUGCUCAACUUCGCUGGAAUUGGUGACCUUAUUUGUUGCACUCAUGGUUGGCUUGUUGACAUUCAUCUUGCUUUUGUUGGAAACAGACCUCUUUGUGGCAUCGCUUACAUCUGACUAAAA